CACAGGCUUUCACACCACAAGCAAAAACCAAUCUCUUUUAGUUUCCUGGAGUUACUCACUUUGUCAAUUUAUUUCCAUUGCAAAAAAGAAAAUCAUGGCUGCUGCCCUAGUAGGAGGAGCAUUUCUGUCAGCAACCCUUCAAGUGUUAUUUGACAGGAUGGCAUCUCAGGAGGUCGUGAAGUUCAUCCGGGGAAGAAAAGUCCCUGCUACACUACUAACAAAGCUGAAGACAUGGUGUCUUACCCUCAGCAAAGUGCUCAAUGACGCAGAGGAAAAGGAAAUCACAGACACAAUUGUCAAAGAAUGGCUUGAUGAGCUUAAGGAUGCUGUCUAUCACGCAGAGGACCUUUUGGAUGAGAUCGCUACUGAAGCUUUGCGGUGCCAGGUGGAAGCUGAUUUUGGUACCUCUACGAGUAAGGUACGUAACUUCAUCUCUACUUCAUUUGAUCGGUUUGGGAGAAAACUAGAAUCAAAGAUACAAAAAGUCCUAGAGAAGCUGGAAUAUCUAGCUUCACAAACAAAUGCUAUAGGUCUGAGAGAAAGUGUUGAAGGGAGAUCUUCCCAAAGAGUGCCCACAACUUCUCUGGUAGAUCCAGAGACUAUAAUUUACGGUAGGGAUGAUGAUGAAAAGGCAAUAGUCAACUUGCUGCUCUCAAACGAUGUAGCAAGCAACAACCACUCAACUGGUGUGAUUCCCAUUGUGGGCAUGGGUGGGGUUGGAAAGACAACCCUUGCUCGGCAAAUCUACAACAACCAAAAAAUCAUAGAACAUUUCAGCCUUAAAGCAUGGGUUUGUGUUUCAGAAGAAUUUGACGUUCGUAAGAUAACUAAAAAAAUUCUUGAGGCUGUCAGUCCACAAAAACAUGAUCACACUGACUUCAAUAAGAUCCAAACUGAAUUGAAGAAUUAUUUGAUGGGAAAGAAAUGUUUACUGAUUCUUGAUGAUGUAUGGAAUGAAAAUUAUGAUGAUUGGGCUCUCUUGAGUAUUCCCUUUAAAUAUGGAACAUCGGGAAGUAGAAUUAUUGUGACAACACGCAACAAAAGUGUUGCAUUGAUCAUGCGCCCUAUUCAAAUUUUUAAUCUUAAUAAAUUAUCAGAAGAAGAUUGUUGGCUAUUAUUUGCAAAUCAUGCCUUUGAAAAUGGAAAAUCUAAUGCUUAUCCUGAAUUAGAAAGAAUUGGUGAAGAAAUCAUUAAGAAGUGUGACGGUCUGCCAUUGGCAGCAAAAGCACUCGGUUGUCUAUUGCACUCUAAAUUAGAUGUAGAGGAAUGGAAUAAAAUUUUGAAAAGCGAAAUUUGGAGUCUGCCUAAGGAUGGGGGUAAUAUUCUUCCAGCUUUAAGAUUAAGUUACAAUUACCUACCCUCACAUUUAAAGCUAUGUUUUGCAUAUUGUUCAAACUUCCCAAAGGAUUAUCUAUUCAAAAAGGAAGAACUUGUUCAGUUGUGGAUGGCAGAGGGCUUCUUGCAACAACACAACAAGAAUGAAGAAAUGGAAGUUAUCGGUGCUGAGUACUUCCUUGAUUUAGUAUCGAGGUCACUUUUACAACAAUCAAAUGGAAGCAAAGUGUGCUUUCUAAUGCAUGACCUAGUCCAUGAUUUAGCUACAUCUAUAUCUGGCAAAUUUUGUUUCAGAUUGGAAGAGGAUAACACAAACAAAAUUAUAGAUAAAACUCGUCAUUUUUCCUACUUAAGAAGCAAGUAUGACACCCCAGAGAAGUUUGAUGCUUUGUGCAAAGCUAAAAAUUUACGCACCUUCAUUUCGUUAGGAAUGAAAGAAGAUGAUAAGAAUUGGAAGUUCUACUUAACAAAGAGGGUACCACAAGAUCUAUUAUUGAAACUAAGAUUUUUACGUGUGCUCUCUCUUUCACAUUAUUGUAAUCUAGAGUUGCCAGAGUCAAUUGGAGAUUUCAAACAUUUACGUUAUUUAGAUGUCUCUUUUACUGGGAUUGAGAGAUUGCCUAAGUCUACUUGUAUGUUGCUCAACUUACAAACGUUGAAUUUAUCAGGAUGCAUAUCUCUAGUUACGUUGCCUGAAAAUAUGGGAAAUCUCAUUAGUUUGCGUCAUCUUCAUAUUAGUGGAACUAGCAUUAAAAAUAUGCCAAUACAUAUGGGUCAAUUACAAUGUCUUCAGACUUUGACCAAAUUUGUUGUCGGCAAGGACACUGGAUUCCGAAUUGAAGAGUUAGGAAAACUUUCAAAUCUUCGGGGAGUCAUUGUGAUAUCGAAUCUCCAGAAUGUGAUAAACUCAACUAAUGCUUUGGAAGCAAAGUUGAAGGAUAAGGAGCAACUUAAGGAGCUAACAUUGGAGUGGGAUGCUGCCAAUGGCUUUAUUUCUCAACUUGAAAGAUACGUACUCAACAGUCUUAAUGCUUUGGAAGCAAAGUUGAACGAUGAGGAGCUACUUAAGGAGCUAAGAUUGGGAUGGGGUGCUGCCAAUGACAUUAUUUCUCGAAGUGAAAGAGACGUACUCAACAAUCUGCAGCCUCAUACGAGCUUAACAAAGCUUGUUAUCAGGAAUUACAAUGACACAAGCUUUCCAAAUUGGGUUGGAGAUGGUUCAUUUUCCAAUGUAACAGUUGUUCAUCUAAACUCUUGUAGAAAUUGCUCUAGUUUGCCAUCACUUGGACAACUCCCCUCUCUUCAAGACCUCUUCGUUUUUGGGUUUGAUGAAGUUGUUACCGUGGAUGCUGACUUUUAUGGUAGUGGUUCUUACACUACUACGCCAUUCCAAUCACUGAAAAUAUUGAGAUUUGAGGCAAUGUCGAAGUGGGAGAAAUGGUCUCCUUAUCACGGAGAAGGCGAAGAUGAAGGAGGAGCUUUUUCGAGUCUCCAAGAGCUUUAUCUUGAAGAAUGUCCAAAACUAAGUGGAAGCUUGCCCAAGCACCUUCCUUCUUUAACCAAACUUGAGAUUAAGGAAUGUGAACAGCUUGAGACUUCUCUUCCAACUGCUCCUUCUAUUCGUGAAUUAGAGUUAAGGAAAUGUAAUGAUGCGCUGUUGAAAGAAUUGCCACCCGCAUUGCACGACCUCGCAGUAAUCGGAUUCAAAAACCUGGAGUCUCUGCCAGAGGGAGUGUUGGACCACAACCACCGUGUUCAAGCCUUAUAUAUAUAUGAUUUUCCUGUGCUCAAGUCUCUUCCUCGUGGUGGUCUAUCCAGUCCCACUACACUAAAAUGGCUUGGUAUCCGUAAUUGUAAGGAAGUAGAAUUCCCGAUGUACCCCUGCUACUCUUCCCUUGAGCGACUGACGAUAGAAGAUAGCUGUAAUCCUCUAAAGUCAUUUCCUUUAGACAUCUUCCCGAAGCUUCGUUUUCUCGAAAUCGAAAGGUGUAGCAACAUGGAGGCCCUCUCAGUUUCGGAGGGACAUCACCUAACUGAUCUCCUACAGUUGAAAAUCAAAAAUUGCCCUAAUUUUGUAGCUUUUCCCGGUGGAGGAUUGUCGGCCCCCAAUCUCUCAGAAUUACAAGUCAGUAAUUGCUCUCGUCUCAAUUCACUCCCAGAAAACAUGCACACGUUUCUCCCGUCUCUUCGAAGAUUGGAUAUCAUUAAUUGUCCACAAAUUGAGUCUUUUCCGAAAGGUGGUCUGCCAUCCAAUCUAGUUUGUUUAGGAAUCAGGGACUGCAAAAAACUAAUUUACAAUAGAAUGGAGUGGGCCUUGCAAAGACUGCAGUCUCUUAAAAUAUUAGCAUUCAUGAAUCAUGAUCGUGAUUGCUGGGAUGUGGAGUCCUUUCCGGAGGAGUAUUUACUGCCCACAACUGUUAAGCAUCUUUGCAUCGGUGGAUUUGGAAAUUUGAGAACGUUGGACAACAACGGGUUUCAACACCUUACCUCUCUUCAAGAUUUGUCCAUCAUAUACUGCCCUAAGCUCAAGCACAUGCCAGAAGAGGGGCUGCCUGUCUCCGUCUCUCACAUACAGAUCGGAGAAUGUCCUUUGUUGACGAAACGGUUGCAAAGGAAGAAGGGAAAAGAGUGGCGCAACAUUGCUCGCACCCCCUUCAUAAAAAUCCUUGAGCCCAACACAUUAAAUGAAGCCAAUCAGUUGUCUAUCGAUGGUGAAUCAAGCGGAACAUUUGUAUCUCGAUUUCUGUGAAGAAGCUGCCAAAAGUAUGACAGGAUUCAUGCUCAGUUACCUGUUCUUUGUUAAACAAAUGCUUUCAAAGUGAAAAUGGAAAAGUGCGCAACUCAAAAUUCAUGCAUUGCUACCUGUUCUAGUGAACCAAUCCCCUGUAUGCAAGGUUAAUUUCACCACUUGACGACCUUAAUUUCGUGAAAACUCUGUGGCCGUUGGAAAGUAGGGCAGAAUUGAUUAAAACUUUUGAGAACAGAUAGCGCCAAUAACUAUUUGUGGGAGGCAAUAUUUUGAUUGAGAAUGCAGAUUGGCUGGCUAAGACUACCUCUCUUUUACAUUUUGGAAUUGACAUGAAGCCUCUCCAGAGGAUAUGUCUACUUUGGGUUAUUACCUCUCUGUGGGUGCAGAUUGUCUUCCUAACUCCAGACAGCUCAAAAGGCUCAGCAUGUCAUUGCUCCAAAGGCUUAGCAUGUCAUUGCUCCUUCUGUCCUUUUUGCCCACACCAGUAGGAUCUGCCCAACUCCCUUCUUACCAUCAAGAACAUAAAAUUUAACCAUGCUAAGACAAGGGUCUAGAGGCGCAGAGAGUGGGAAAACCAGCUGCUGGCUCAAUAUUGCUCAGGUUGAGGCUCAUUGACUACACUAAAAAAUCUUCAAAGUUUUGUAGUCUCAAAAUCAACAUGUGUGGCAACAUCAAGUCUCUUUCAGUUUGGGAGGGACAUGAACUUUUUAUCGUAGCUUUGGAAUCAAGGGAUGCCUUAAUUUUGCAGAUUCUCCCAAUGAGGUAUUGCCAGCCCCCAACCUUACACUGUUAAAAGUUCAUGAUUGCCUUCGUCUCAAGUCACUUCCUGAAAACAUGGAUACGCUCCUCCCAUCUCUUCAAAUUUUGGAUAUCGCAAACUGUCAACAAGUUGAGUCUUUUCCAGAAGGGGCUGCCUGUCUCCAUCACUUACUUAACGAUCGUGGGAUGUCCUUUGUUGACGAAACGGUUGCAAAGGAAGAAGGGAAAAGAGUGGCGCAAGAUUGCUCACACCCCCUUCAUAAAAAUCAAUAACCAACACAUUAAAUAAAAGCCAAUCAGUUGUCCAUCUAUGGUGAACGGAGAAGAACAUUUCUAUCUUGAUUUCUGUGAAGAAGCUGCCCAAAGUAUGACAGGAUUCAUGCUCAGUUACCUGUUCUUUGUUAGACAAAUGCUUUCAAAGUGAAAAUGGAAAAGUGUGCAACUCAAAAUUCAUGCAUAGCUACCUGUUCUAGCGAACCAAUCCCCUGUAUGCAAGGUUAAUUUCACCACUUGAUGACCUUAAUUUCAUGAAAACUCCGUGGCUGUUGGAAAGUAGGGCAAAAUUGAUUAAAAAUUUUGAGAACAGAAAGUGCCAAUAACUAUUUGUGGAAGGCAAUAUUUUGAUUGAGCAAUGCAGAUGACCUUAGUUUCUUGAAAACUCUGGCUGUUGGAAGUAGGGCAGAAUUGAUAAAAAAUUUGAGAAUGGAAAGUGCCAAUGACUAUUUGUGGGUGGCAAUGUUUAGAUUGAGAAAUGCAGAUGAACUUAGUUUCUUGAAAACUCCGUGGCUGUUGGAAAGUAAGGCUGAACUGAUAAAAGAAAAUUGAGAAUGGAAAGCGCCAAUGACUAUUUCUGGGUGGCAAUGUUUUGAUUGAACAAUGCAAAUUGGUUGGCUAAGACUACCUCUCUUUUACAUUUUGGAAUUGACAUGAAGCCUCUCCAGAGGAUAUGUCUACUUUGGGUUAUUACCUCUCUGUGGGUGCAGAUUGUCUUCCUAACUUCAGACAGCUCAAAAGGCUCAGCAUGUCACUGCUCCUUCCGUCCUUUUUGUCCACACCAGUAGGAUCUACCCAACUCCCUUCUUAACAUCAAGAACAUAAAAUUUAACUAUGCUAAGACAAGGGUCCAGAGGCGCAAAGAGCAGGAAAACCAGCUGCUGGCUCAAUAUUGCUCAGGAUGAGGCUCACUGACUACACUAAAAAAUCUUCAAAGAUUCUCCUAGUGGGGGAUUGCCAGCCCCCAACCUUUCACUGUUAAAUGUCCAUGAUUGGCUUCAUCUCAAGCCAGUUCCUGAAAACAUGGAUAUGCUCCUCCCAUCUCUUCAAAUUUUGGAUAUCGCAUACUGCUAACAAGUUGAGUCUUUUCCAAAAGGAGGUCUGCCAACCAAUAUGAAUUGUCUUGCCAUCAAUGCUUCUGAGAAACUCAUUGCCAAUAGGAAGCAGGAAGAGAAAUGCUUUCCUAAGGAGGACUUCCACAAGUUUUAGCACUCUUUCUAUAAAGGAAUUUCAAAAUCUGAUAUCCCUAGACAAGUAGGGCCUUCAACUCAUUACCUCUCUUCAACUAUUGUCUAUCUCAAUAUUUAUCAAAAAAACUAAUGUUUGUCUCAGACUCCCCAGACUAAAGUAGCUGCCAAAAGAUGGGAUUUCUUGUUUCCAUUCUAAGCUACAGUUUUGUAAAUUUCUUGCCUUGACAAAACAAUACGAAAAAAAGAAAGAAUAAAUGUGUAGCGCAAAAUUUCUCACAUCUCUAUUAUACAAUUUAAUGAUGAAGUCUCAUUAUCUGAGCCAAAAGUGUAGAGGAGAUCAAAUCCCACUUCACAAUAAGUAGCAAGUGCCACAAAAGUCUUGGUCAAACACAUGCCAGAAGAGCAGUUAAGAAGGGAAAAUAGUGGCAAAAGAUUGGUCACAUCUGCUGCAAAAAAAUGGAUGCCCCAAGUCAGACGACCUUAGUUUCUUGGAAACUCUGUGACUGUUGGAAAGUAGAGCAGAAUUGAUAAAAAAAAUUGAGAAUGGAAAUCGCCAAUGACUAUUUGUGGGAGGCAAUGUUUUGAUUGAGCAAUGCAGACAACCUUAGUUUCUUGGAAACUCCAUGGCUUUUGGAAAGUAGUGCAGAAUUGGUAAAAAAAAUUUGAGAAUGGAAAGUGCCAAUGACUUUUUGUGGGAGAUUGGCUGGCUAAGACUACCUCUCUUUAAAUUUUGGAAUUCGCAUUAAGCUGCUCCAGAGGAUAGGUCUGCUUUUGGUUAUUACCUCUCUAUGGGUGCAGAUUGUCUUCCUAACUCCAGACAGCUCCAAAGGCUCAGCAUGUCAAUGCUCCUUCUGUCCAUUUUGUCCACACCAGUAGGAUCUGCGCAUCUCCCUUCUUACCAGCAAGAACAUUAACUUUAACUAUGCUAAGACAAGGGUCCAGAGGCGCAGAGAGGGGGAAAUCCAGCUGCUGGCCCUAUAUUGCUUAGGUUGAGGCUCACUGACUACUCUAACAAUCUUCAAAGAUUCUCAUACUGGGGGAUUCCUAGCCCCCAACCUUACACUGUUAAAAGUUCAUGAUUGCCUUCGUCUCAAGUCACUUCCAGAAAACAUGGAUACACUCCUCCCAUCUCUUCAAAUUUUGGAUAUCGCAAACUAUCAACAAGUUGAGUCUUUUCCAGAAGGGAAGAGAAGUGCUUUCUUGAGGAGGACUUCCACAAGUCUUAGCACUCUUCCUAUAAAGGAAUUUCAAAAUCUGAGAUCCCUAGACAAUAAGGGCCUUCAACUCCUUACCUCUCUUCAACAAUUGUCUAUCUCAGACUACCCCAUACUAAAGUAGAUGGCUGAAGAUGGGAUUUCUUGUAUCCAUUCUAAGCUACAGUUUCGUCAAUGUCUUGCCUUGAUUAAAACAAUUCCAAAAAAAAAAAAAGAAUAAAAGUUAGAUGCAAGAUUGCUCACAUCUCUAUCAUGCAAAUCAAUGAUGAGUCUCAUUAUCGGAGCCAUAAGUGUAGAUGAGAUCAAAUCCCACUUGACAAUAAGCAAGUGCCACAAAAGGCUUGGUCAAACACAUUCCAGAAGUGCAGUUAACAAAACAAUUGCCAAGGAAGAAGGGAAAAUAGUGGCGAAAGAUUGGUCACAUCUGCUGCAUAAAAAUGGAUGCCCCAACCCAAAUCAGGGGAUUUUCUAAACUAACGUCUUUUGUGCACAUUCUAGUUGGAAGGGGGCUUUUAGAAUUGUCCAUUUCCUAUAUAUUAAGUUCAGAUACAGGCUUGACAUGCAAGUUGGUGAUAUAACAGAACAUGCAAAUUUUGUAGUAUUUGACAAGGAAGCACAGAAGUUAAUUAAAGUUCUCGGUACGCAACUCUCCAAUAUGGAAGAAGAGGAUGUAGAUGGUGACAAUAUUAUUCCAAAUAGUAUCAAUUGCAUUAUUGGGAAAACCUACAUCUUCCAAGUGAAAGUUACUGCAUACAAUUUCUUCGUUCGCAAACAAAACUUUAGGAAACAACAAAAAGAGGGACUAAGAAUGGAAAUGAAGUAUCCAAAGAAACAAUCUUUGCUGAAGUAAAGAAAACAAAAAUUUUGAAGAAAUAAAUCCAAAACGAGAAUGUGGAAGCUCAAAUAGAAGUGUUAGAUGAUUAGCGAACAUAGAAAAUAUUUAAACGACUAGUUUCAGCUGAAGGUCAUAUUUUAACUCUGCAGCAAAACGGCACCGUAUCCCAUUAUUACAAAUGGUGACGUUUUGGUUUUAAAGAGAAUUCUUUCAGUUGAGCUAUACGACAUCGUUUAGCCUUGGAGCUUCAGAUUCCGUGUUAGCAUCUUCUUCAAAGGAUUAGUGCUGAGAUAUUUUUUUGUAAUUAGAUAUUUUCUGUUAAGAGCAAAUUAAUCACAUGUGUAAAUGGAUUGAGAUCCCGUGCAAUACCUAGGGUAUUGCACGGGGUGCAAUAGCUUAAAUCCUAGCCUUCCAUUCAAUCUAAUGGCUCUAAAAUAACUCCACGUCAUCGAUCCGCAUCACUUAGGAAAAAUUUUUUUAAUUCACUCUCAUUCCUUCUCUCUCUCAUUUUUUUUUCUUCUGUUCAUAUCUCUCUCUCCAACUUUUCACUCCGCAGUCCUCUCCUCUGUUCUCUCUAAUUCUCAAAAUUUUAAAAUCCUAAUGUUGCUGACUUGCUUUUGCCGCUACCACUCUCACGCCAAACCACCGUCAUCGCCACCAUGGCGCCACUCACCAGCCACCAUUUCUCUCCCCCAACGAUCUAUCAACCCCUGCUAUGCCUCUGUCGGCUCCACUGCCUAGCAUCUCCAAUCUGCACCGUCGGCCCAAUCACUUCCCAGAUGAUAGAGCAUAGAGCUCCAGCCAAGCUAUAUUGCCAGAAAAGGUUUUGAAGCAUUCCUUAUGGAUUGAUAUCUUGAUGCUAGCAAGACUAAUUUUCAGUGUCAUUAAAGUUUUAGACUUGAUAUGAGUGAACUUCUUUUUACUUCGAAACAUGUAAUGAGACAAAAAAGACUUGCUUGAGUUUUAUGUUGUAUCGUUCAAUUUUGACACUUGAGUGUCCCUGUUUAUGUAUAUAAAAACCCUUACAAUGAUGUAUAGUACAAACCAAGAGAAUGUAAUAAAGUGCAAUUAUUCUUUUCUUGAUA